UUUAUAGAAUGAUAUAUAAUACAUACAAGUGAAUAUGUAUUACAAGCGAAUAUGAUACAUUAAGAAUGGCAUAGGUAUAUGAUACAUACAAUAAUAAUACAUAAAAUAAUGCCAGGUAUGGCAUAAAGUCCAAUAGUUUCCUGCAGCUAACAAGAUGGCUGGCAAGCAAAAGCUCUGCGCAGACAUAAGUCGCAGAAAUCCUCAGGAAGAUUACGAAGUGAUUCAGCGGAUUGGAAGUGGAACAUAUGGCGAUGUAUACAAGGCCACUCGACUGUCCACCGGAGAACUGGCAGCUAUCAAAGUCAUCAAACUUCAGCCAACGGACGACUUUGGUAUCAUCCAGCAGGAGAUUGUGAUGAUGAAGGACUGCCGGCACGCCAACAUCGUGGCCUACUUCGGCUCGUACCUGCGGAAGGACCGGCUGUGGAUCUGCAUGGAGUUCUGUGGCGGCGGCUCACUGCAGGACAUCUACCACGUGACGGGCCCGCUGAGCGAGCAUCAGAUAGCCUACGUCUGCAAGCAGACCCUGCACGGCCUGUCCUACCUGCACAGCCUGAGCAAGAUGCACAGAGACAUCAAGGGCGCCAACAUCCUGCUGACGGAGGCCGGGGACGUUAAGCUGGCCGACUUCGGUGUCUCGGCGCAGAUCACCGCCACGCUGGGCAAGCGGCAGUCCUUCAUCGGCACGCCGUACUGGAUGGCGCCCGAGGUGGCAGCCGUGGAGCGGAAGGGCGGCUACAACCAGCAGUGCGACGUCUGGGCGGUGGGUAUCACGGCCAUCGAGCUGGCCGAGCUGCAGCCGCCCAUGUUCGACCUGCACCCCAUGCGCGCCCUCUUCCUCAUGUCCAAGUCGGGCUUCAAGCCGCCACAGCUGCGCGAGCGCUCGCGCUGGUCGUCCGCCAUGCACUCCUUUGUGAAGGUGGCGCUCACUAAGAACCCCAAGAAGCGGCCGACGGCCGAACGGCUGCUGGAGCACCCGUUCGUGACGGGCGGCCACCUGCAGCAGCGGCUCAUGUGCGAGCUGCUGGACAAGGUGCGCAGCCCCAGCCGACUGGCCGUCUUCGCGCUGGAGGAGCCCGACGACGAGGGGGUGGCCAAUGUACCUCAGCGGAUCGCCUCCCGCCAGCCGACAGGCGCUCGCCGCCGCUCCCGCUCCCAGGGCCGCUUGGGGAGCAGCUCGCUGGACCGCUCUGCGGGCCGCGCGGUGCGGGACCCGGCGCUCCUGGAGGCGCCGUCCGACCAGCAGUCAGCCGAGGGCGCGCCGGGCCGGCCCGGAGACCAGGCCGUCUUCCAGUGGAGUGCCGUCUACGCAGACGCCGGCAGCAAGAGUUUGUUGCAAUAUAUAGACGACGAAUUGCGGACAAGAGGCCACACGGCCAGACUGGCCGAGCCGAGUGGGCUCCACGACUCCUCCAAAGGGGGCACGCUGACGCCGCACAGCUGUGGAGCGGCCUCUGAUGCGCCGCCGGACGACCACGAGGACGAGGAGCCACCAGGCGGGGAGGCGACUCUGCGCCGUCGCCACAGUACGGCCGGCCGCCAGGAGCAGGAGGCCGCCGCCGGCCCGGCCGCACUGACGCCGGCGCACCGGGGCCGCUCCCUGUCCGACGGCGACACCAUCAGCGCCGCGGGCGGCGACGACCGACGUGCCGACGGCGGCCCGGUGCCCCCGCCGCGGCGCCGGCAGCGCUUCCGCAAGACCACCCAGCCGCGGCCCGUGUCCUAUGGCCUGCCGCCCACUCCCAAGGUGCUCAUGGGAGCCUGCUUCUCAAAGGUGUUUAACGGCUGCCCGCUGCGCAUCACGUGCACGGCCACCUGGAUCCACCCGCUGACGCGCGACCAGCACGUGCUGGUGGGCGCCGCCGAGGGUGUCUACACGCUCAACCUGAACCAGCUGCACGAAGCCACCAUGGAGCAGCUGUUCAACCGGCGCACCACCUGGAUGGUGGUCGUCAAGGACGUACUGAUGACCCUCUCAGGUCUGAAGAGUCCCUGUCUGUACCGUCACGACCUGCUAGCGCUGCACAGUCGGCAGUUCAACCGGUUCUCCCUCAGCGUCAACAGGAUACCGGAGAAACUGGUGCCCAGGAAGUUCGCCAUGACCACCAAGGUGCCCGACACAAAGGGCUGCGAGCGCUGCUGCGUGGCUAGGAACCCGUACAACGGCUACAACUACCUGUGCGGCGCGCUGCCGGCCGGCCUGUUCAUCAUGCAGUGGUACGACCCGCUCAACAAGUUCCUGCUGCUCAAGCUGCACGAGUGUCGGGUGCCUGCGCCGCUGUCGGUGUUUGAGAUGGUCAUCAGUGCGGAGUCGGAGCUGCCGCUGAUCUGCACCGGUGCGCGCAGCACCGGCCGGCCCGACACCGUCCGGCUGGACGUCAUCGACCUGAACGCCACCAGCUCGUGGUUUGUGGACGGCCGGGAGGAGGAGGAGGAGGCGGACGCGCCGGCCGCCGAGCCCGAGGGCCCGCCGGUGUCGGCCGUCAUCCAGAUGGACAAGGACGCCGUGCUGGUGGCCUGUCGAGACACGGUCCGGAUAGUGGACCUAGAAGGGAAACCAAAGAGUGCAAGAGGCCAGGUGUCCGAGCUGAAGUUUGACUUCACCGUAGAUAGUGUUGUGAUUCUGGCCGACAGUGUGCUGGCGUUUCACCCGCACGGCGUGCAGGGCCGCAGCCUGGUCACCGGCGAGGUCACCCAGGAGAUCACCGACACCACGCGCGUCUACCGGCUCCUCGGCAACGACCGGGUGAUCACCGUGCAAAGCGUGCCGGCCAGCGACCCCGACCAGACGGCCUCCGACAACAAGAACCUGUAUAUCCUCACCGGCCACGAGGCCAUGUACUGAGAGCGACACGGCCCGGCCGAGGCAGUGAAGGGCCGCGUGCAAACGCUGGCUGUGUGGGCGCGCGGCGGGGCCGAGCUUAGGACUGUUUUUAGCCGGCGCUGCUGUUUUCCACUGGUGACGGGGCGCCAGUGCCGUCCCGAUAUUGCGGGCGGCCCUGACAUUGUGCAGUGCAACGCGCGCCAGUCGCUCGGCGUGCCCUCCAAUGUGUUUUACAGUGGCCGAGUGGUGUAAUCGGUGUGACUUUUGUGGUCUGUUACGCUGUAGUUGCUACCACAGCCAGGCCUGGGAUGGGGGCGGUCGUUCAGACCUUUAUCGGGGACGGCGCCGCCGUGCGUGUGUCAAUCUAAUCGUGUCUCGGAGGAGGGCGGCUGCGUUGGGCGGCGUCCGAUAUACCGUGUGCAGUCAGCGGCGCAGUGUGAGCCGACCCGGCUCACCCCCGUCUCGGGUAGGUCGCUCUCCGCAGCCUCCCAAAUCAACAUCAAACCAUAUUAUCGUGAUGUCCAUCAGAAAUGUGAUAACUACUGUGCUGUCGCUCACAUCUGUGCGGGUGUCUCCAGUGCAUUUUCGUGUCGUAGCCGACGGCCGCACCAUCAGCCCCUCCCCGGACUCCCGGACAGUGUGUGCGACUCCGGACUCCUGGACAAUGUGUGUGUGUGUGUGUGUGUGUGUGUGUGUGUGUGUGUGUGUGUGUGUGUGUGUGUGUGUGUGUGUGUGUGUGUGUGUGUGUGUGUGUGUGUGUGUGUGUGUGUGUGUGUGUGUGUGUGUGUGUGUGUGUGUGUGUGUGUGUGUGUGUGUGUGUGUGUGUGUAGGUGUGUGUGUGUGUGUGUGUGUGUGUGUGUGUGUGUGUGUGUGUGUGUGUGUGUGUGUUUGUGUGUGUGUGACUCCGGACUCCUGGACAGUGUGUGACUCCGGACUCCUGGACAGUGUCUGUGUUUCUGACGACGGGACGGACUCCUGGACAGUGUGUGUGACUCCGAACUCCUGGACAGUGUGUGUGACUCCGGACUCCUGGACAGUGUGUGCGACUCCGGACUCCUGGACAGUGUGUGUUUCUGACGACGGGACGGACUGCUGGACAGCGUGUGUGACUCCGAACUCCUGGACAGUGUGUGUGCCUCCGGACUCCUGGACAGUGUGUGUGACUCCGGACUGCUGGACAGUGUGUGUGUUUCUGACGACGGGACGGACUCCUGGACAGUGUGUGUGACUCCGGACUGCUGGACAGUGUGUGCGACUCCGGACUGCUGGACAGUGUGUGUGUUUCUGACGACGGGACGGUGUCUGCGGUUCUGACGGCGGGACGGGCGGCUGACAAACGGGCCGUAGAUCACCGCCGAGGUGUACUGGCGCUCCGGAACCCUCCCUAACGACGCGGCGCGCAAAUGGUACCGCUUGCAGUCUGGUGCCAUUUGGAUAAUGUAUGGCCAUAGCAGAUGGUGCGGCGGCCUGCGAUCAGCGAGGUUAUCCGGGCGCCUCCGCACGCCGCUCCCCACCGGCCGGUCGAGGAGCGGCGCGCUAAUCCCACACAGGGACCAUCCAGCCGUCAUCCGCUGGAGCUGGGCGCCGUCCGGCGUGCUCCGCCCUGCUUUGUAUCAUUCUCUGUCAACUAGCAUUCCGUGUCGAAUCAUUCCAUCUGCCCAUUAACGCUGUUGAUUUCGCGUAUUAUUUAACCUCAUCAUUCCUCCCUAAUGUGAGUGCAUUACUUUUGUCAUUAUUUUACUGCGCUCGAUUGAUUUGGGGUACCAUACGAGCGGCGCCUGAGCUGGGGUACGGGACGGGCUGGGCGGGCGGCUGAGCUGGGGUACGGGACGGGCUGGGCGGGCGGCUGUGUGCCAGUGGCCACUGUGGUGGGACGGCGCUGCUUAGUACGGUACCUGUGCCCGUGCCCGGGGAGCUGGGGCCGGGCAGCCGUCCAUUGGCCGCACCGCCUCGGGCAGCUGCUGUGAUGGCCGAACGGAUAAUAUACAUGGUGUGUGAUUGGA